CGUCUAGGUCCAUUCAUUCCACUUGGAUUAUUCUUUUCAGCAGAACAUUGUGUUUCCAAUCACUGCAAUUGGUCACACAAUCGUAUUUAUGGUUCUCACUUUAAUUGAAAUAAAACACGAGUGUCCUGUAUAUUGUAUAUCAAAUUGAGCGGUAAAGCAUCAUGGAAUCGUUUCUGCUGGCAUCAAAAACAAUCCUGUCAAACUUAUCCGCAUAUCAAAAAAUUCGUAUCGUUCUGGGUAAUGGAACCUGCGAUUUGGAUUCUGCCGUAUCGGCCCUUGCCCAAGGGUUCUUCGAGUAUCUAGAUGCAAUGAAAAAUAGCUUGACAAAUUUGGCGGUAAUUCCUGUGAUGAACAUACCCGAAAGAGAAUAUCGCGUGAAAACAGAAGUAGUGUUUUUUCUUAAACAACACAAUAUACCUGCAAGGUUAUUAACAUUUCGGGAUCAGAUAGAUUUGAAGGCUCUGAAGGAGAAGGACGGAAUCGAUUUGGAGAUCGUGUUGGUCGAUCACCAUCAUCUCACGGAAGAGGACACGUAUUUAGCAGAUUCCGUGGUCAAAGUAAUCGAUCAUAGACCGCAGGACGCGAACUGGCCUUGGCCCGGUAGGAUGGUGCGUUUGGAAAGCGUGGGCAGCUGCGCGACCCUAGUGGCGCGGAAUUUAAUCGACAAAUACCCGGAAGCGAUCGAUACGCAAUUGUCGAGUCUUUUACGAGGACCAAUUCUUAUCGACACUAGUAAUUUUUCUAAGGAGGCUGAUCGUGCAACUAGUGUCGAUGUCGAAGUUGUACGUGACCUUGAAAGACUCGGGCAAUUGGAUUUGGACAAGAAGAAAGUAUUCGACGAAAUCGUCCAAGCAAAAUCUGAUAUCAGUGAAUUAACUGUCGAUGAUUUUUUGAUUAGAGAUUUGAAGGUCACUGCUGGUAUACCGAUCGUUGGAUUACCCAUACUGAUAGGGAAGUAUCUCGAAAUGCCCGACGUGUUCGACGCAAUGAAAAAUUUUGCAAAGUCGCAGAACACUACGUUGCUCGUUCUGAUAGGAUUAGAGAUUCGGUCUGAACAAAUACACAGAGACAUCGCUAUUUUUUCUUUCUCCACCGAUCCCUUAAGAGACGAGAUAGUACAAGUUUUAACAACCACGAAACCGUCCCUCGAGCUGACAUUGGUCAAAGAAAUCAAUCAUGAGGAUGGAAACUGCAACUUGCUCCUUUACUCCCAAGGAAAUUUACGUCUUACGCGGAAGCAGAUACUACCCCUCAUUCGCGACACCGUAACCGCGGCGAGAUCUCGAUGUUAAAGAAAAUACGAAGACAAUUUAA